GGUUAAGGGAGACUGAGCCCUCUUAUUUCGAGCAGCAGCCCCUCUUUCUUCCAUGUUUCAUCAGAUCGUCUAAACAACACUAAAGAUUGAGCAGCCGAUUGGUGUUGGUGCUAAACCGUUUGGUUCCAAGUUUCAUCAGAUCGUCUAAACUUUCAAAGCAUUGAAGACUGAGCAGCGAUUGGUGUUGGUGCUAAACCGAUUGGAAGAUAUGGAGUUGUAGAGUGGGGGAGAUUUGUGUUUUGACGAAUAAACCGGUUGAGCAGCUCUGAAGUAAGAACAAAGCAUCAGGGAGACGGACAAUCGUUGUGUGUUAUGGAGGGAAUUGAUUUGAGUACCACCCAGACUGAAAACAGUGAUGGUUCAGAUGAGGCGAAGACCAGGGAUAGUUUUGGGAAUGGUAGUGAUGAUAGGAUGGAAGUAAGCGAGAGUGAAGACAGGUCAGACGAUGAGCAAUGCACAAUGUUCAAUGGGAAGCCUUACAAGGACAUAGAGCUUGAUGACUUGUCUAAUGUGGUGUUCAAGAGUGUGGAGGAAGCAGAGAUGUUCUACCUACACUAUUCAGUUGCAAAGGGUUUCAGCAUAAGAAAAUACAAAUUGGCCUGGAACAGUGAGAAUACAGUAAUUAUCAGAAGAGAAAUGGUAUGUGCAAGGGAAGGGUGCGCAAUAAGGGUAAGAAAAGUAGGGUGUGUGAGGAAGAUGUUGACGCAGGUUUGGAGGAUAGGUUGAUUCACAAAACUAAGAAAGAGAAUAAGCAAAAAGUGUUGCACAGAUCAGAUGUGAAGGAUAGUGAGAAGAGUUGUAGGGGGAAGAAAAUGGUGAAGCUAGUUAGUUCAAGGUCGCGGCGACUAUCAAGGCAGAAAUGCCUUGCACAAUUCACCGUGAAA